CUCCAUUAAGAAUUCAAAGGGUAGAGAAAGAAGCACAACAGUCAAUCAGAAACCAAAGAGAACCCCACAAACUCCUAGUCCAAGUUAGGUCAGACAGACCUGCAAUAGACUUUAAAGUGUUUUUCUCUCUCUUUACUUUCUCUCUCUAACAGUAACCAAGGAGGAGGAGAAGGAGAGAGAGUGGGGGAUGGGUUGAUGAUGAUCAAACUCAAUCAUCAAUGGACAAAGGAAAAAAAAAAAUGGGUACCAAGGAAGUAUCAGCUUUGAACCCACUAACAAAAUUCCUAUAGAAAACUAAACCCCACACCCCUCAUACAAACCACACAUAUGGAACUAACAGAUUUUCAUAGCAAUAAACAAACCACCACCACCACCACCGCCGCCGCCACCAUUUCACAACCCCACCACCACCUCCAACAACAACCACCACCACCACAUCACCAAAACCACUCUUCUUCUUCUUCUUCUUCUUCUUUUGAUGCCAGAUCUCAUCAAUCCCUAUUCAUCCGCAACAUCACCAUCCAAUCUGGCAUCACCACCACUGCCGGGGGCGGCGGAGGAGGGAACCUCCGCCACUCUCGUAUACAAUCAGAUCGGAAAUACAAAUCCAUCUCCUCGACCGAUCUCGCUCUGUAGAUGAUCUUUCAAAGAAAAACAACGAGCUAAAGAACCCUGCUAAGAAGUCGACGAAAGACCGCCACACCAAGGUCGACGGAAGGGGGCGGCGCAUCCGAAUGCCGGCGGCUUGCGCGGCUAGGGUUUUCCAAUUGACGAGAGAAUUAGGGCACAAGUCCGACGGCGAGACCAUCGAGUGGCUUCUCCAGCAGGCGGAACCGGCGAUCAUCUCCGCCACCGGCACCGGCACCAUCCCCGCUAAUUUCUCCACACUGAACGUGUCGCUCCGCAGUGGCGGAUCCACCAUUUCAGCACCCUCAUCGAAAUCUGCUCCCCUCGGAGGCUUAACCCUAGCCCACCACCACCACCCUCACUAUGAAGAAGGGUUCUCUCACAUGUUAGGGUUUCACCACCACCAAAAUCCACAGUUUUUGACAGCGGAUCAGAUUGCCCGCGCCAUGCCUAGUGGUGGUGGUGGGGGCGAGUCGGCGGAGAAUUAUUUGAGAAAAAGAUUCAGAGAAGAUUUGUUUAAAGAAGAAUCUCAACGGCCACAAGGGGAAGUGUCAGCCAGCUCAACUUCACCACCAUCAAAUAAGCAACAACAACAAGGAGCUGGAGGACCAUCAUCUAGUAUGCUCCAAUAUACUAACAUGAUGGCAGCAACUGCCAUGUGGGCAGUUGCUCCGGCACCUAGCACUGGAACCGGCAACACAUUCUGGAUGCUGCCGGUUCCUGCUGCUGCCGGUGGCAAUGGCAAUGACCAGUCUGCCAAUACAUCUGGAGCUAGUUCAUCUGAUCAGCCCCAGAUGUGGCCUUUUGCCAGUGCACCGACAACAACUAGUGGAAAUACGCUUCAAGCGCCGUUACAUUUUAUGCCGAGGUUUAAUAUUCCGGGUAACCUUGAAUUUCAAGGGGGCAGAGGCAAUCCACUGCAAUUGGGUUCAAUGUUGAUGCAACAACAACCUUCUCAACAUCUUGGGUUGGGAAUGUCUGAGACUAAUUUGGGGAUGUUGGCUGCUCUCAACGCUUACUCAAGAGGUAGCUUGAAUAUGAAUUCUGAACAAAAUAAUCCAUUAGAGCAUCAUCAUCAACAACACCAGCCUCAAGCUGCUGAUAGUGGAGAGGAUGACCCAAAUACUUCUUCUCAAUGACAGUAUGAAAUCAAAGUUGAUUUAGAAGUGGAAUUUGUGAUGAGUUGAAUCAGUGGCUGGAAGCUUGAUUUCAUGGAUGAUCAAGAUAAAGAGAGGUAUCUAUCUAGUUGUCAUUUUUUUUUUUGAUAAAUUAUCUAGUUGUCAUUUUUGUUUUUUUUUUGUUAAUGUGUUUUGUUUUUGUUUUUUCUUUUGCAUUAUUUAUAGAUUGUUGUGGACUUGAGAUGCAGUUUGUUAGGUUGGUCCAAAGGGACCAGAAGGGGAGAGAGAUUAAUGUAUAGGGGGAAUAUUGGGUUGUGUUUAGUAUUAUAAUUUGGUUUGCUUGUGUGAGCAAAGUGGUAAACAAUUAAAAGGAAAAAAAAUGAGAGAAUCAAAUAAUUUUAUGAUAUCUACUUUGCAAGAUAUAUCUUCUCUAUUUUUCCAUUGAGAUACAAAAAUAAAAUAAAAUAGCAGCUCUCUCUCUUUUUC